CAGGAGCUCACCAUUCCUCGAUGGCAGGGACCGAAUGUCAACAGCGGGGGAAGGGGGCGAUGAGACGCCGCACCUGUGGGCCAGACUGGGGACGGAGAGAGAGAGAUGGGGCCGCGAUCUGGAGAGGGGCAACCCGUCGGAUGGAACCGAGACAAGUUUGGUGUAACUAGGUGAUGGUAAGUUCCCGGUGGCCUCGUUUUCGGGAUUCCUUGAUGCCACUCUCAGCUCAGCGUUGCAGCAGGCUCCUGAACGGUAUUCGAAGCGGUACAUCAGCGAAUACUAAGCAAGGGCCAUUACCAGCUGAAUCUGCUCAACUUCGAACUGCCCGGAUACCUGCAAUUGUCAAUUGGGCCCAUGCAGCCGUAGCGGUCAGGACACGGUCGAGAGAGGUCUUUGUUCUGGUCGUUGAGAACGAAAGGAUGGGAGGGGGCUGUCACAGACGCGAAUCUUCCAAGAAGCCCAUCCGCAAGCACGGCCAAGAGCGAGUUCCCUUUGUCGAGUGGAUGUCGAUCCGUAACGUUGAUGGCCUUGGACGAGAGCGUCACGGCCUGGUAUUGGACGAAGUUGCCGUGUGUGAGGACAGUUCGACGGCCUGCAACCACACCCGAAAGCCGGGCGUAGGGGUUGAGGUUGUAUCGCGGCACUUGAUGGUUUGGGGCAAUCGACAAGCGGAUCCGAUUCCGAAGCCCUGCAGAAGUGGGGUGCGUCGACCGUCGAACAAGCCACGAGGAUCGACAAAGAUGGGCUGACGCCGCAAUUCGACAGGAGAGCCCCCCAGGCUCAGGGGCCGGAUCAGGCCCAGCUCUCCG